AUGCCAGGGCGGGCGCACCUCCGGAAUCCAGAUCCCCUCGCACGCAGUCACACCCACCCCCACCCACCGCCUUCCGCCUCUUUUGCUCUCGUGUUUCCUCGUCGUCUCGGCUUCCGGUCGCCGAUUCUUCUGCGCAGAGAAGAUUCCUUGUGGUGGUGCGUGCUCGCUCGUCCUUUGUUUCUUCGUCUCGUUCGCGUGCAUGGGGCUGGACGUCGGUGAGAUCGGGAUGGGCCUGGAUCUGGGUCUCGACCUCAGGCUGUUCGCCGCGCGGACAGCCGGCGGGAUGGCGGCGGCCGCGGCCAAGGGUGCGCCGGCGGGGAUCGAGUCCUGUAUCAGGAGCCUCGAGGAGGAGCGCAAGAAGAUCGAGGUGUUCAGGCGCGAGCUCCCGCUCUGCGCGCGCCUCCUCGCCGACGUGAUCGACGAGUUGAAGGAGGAGGCCGCCAAGAGAGGCGGAGGAGACGCGGACGCGAAGGCGGACGACGGCGACAAGCGGAAAUGGAUGAGCACCGCUCAGUUGUGGGUGGACAGCGAAGCCAAAUCGGACGAGUCUGAUAAGGAGCAUCAGAGUGAAAUCACCUCGCCGGAGCCCAAGUUGCUCGGUGGCGCACCCAUGCCCAUAAGGGCCGUUGCGGCUGUACCACCCCUGCCGCCGCCGUUCUUCAGGAGAGAAGACAGCUCUGCCGGCACUUGUCUGUCGUUGGUAUCGCCGGCAUCUAAGGCCCCGAUUUCUCCCGUGGCUACCAGCGAUAACGCCAGCGGCAGAUUUUGUCCCACCAUGCCACCAUCUGGCUCUUCUGGGGUCACCUUGCACUCUCAGGCUCAGCAGCAGGCUAGCAGGAAGGCGAGGCGGUGCUGGUCGCCGGAGCUUCACCGGCAGUUCGUCGCCGCUUUGCAUCAACUCGGCGGCCCUCAAGUUGCUACUCCGAAACAAAUCAGGGAGGUGAUGCAAGUGGACGGUCUUACAAAUGAUGAAGUGAAAAGCCAUCUCCAGAAGUACCGGCUGCACAACAGAAGAUCCCCCGGUGUUGCUCCGGUGAGCCAGCCGAUCAUGUUGGUGGGUGGCCUCUGGGCUCCACAGGAGCAAAGCAGCUCCGGUUCACCCCAGGGUCCGCUUCAGUUCUCGGGAUCAGGUGUGGCCAUUUCUACGGCCACCGUCGGCGGUGACAGCAGCGGCAGCAGCAGCGACGAAGACGACAAGUCCGAAGGCUACAGCCGGAAAUGCGUGUAAGGUUGCGCGCGUUUAAUUUGCGGAGGAUCGUCGGAUGAGAGUGUAGAGAUAGCGUCGCGGCUUUUGCUUGCGCAUCGGUGUCGGUGGCAAUAAUAGAUUCAUCAGUCUGAACUGAAGAGAGGUUGUAGUGCAGCCAGGCCCAUGCAUACAGGGAGAUUGGGCGGUGUGCGUGUCAAGGUUUUUGGUGCGUGUGCGUGCGCCCAAGAGAUGAACUGAUCAUGAGUUGGGUUGCUGUGUCAUGUACGUACAUGGUGGAGAGGUUUUCUUGAGGCUUCCUAACUUUUAAUUUCCGGGCAGAUGCCAAAAUUUUCGCCCUGAGAAUCACAUAUUAUUUAUUAUACAUACAUACAUGCAAUAUUCGUUGCUUGCGUGUUGUCUUUGAGUCGAGCAGUAAUUAUGAGUAGUAUGUUAAUAUGUUAUUAUGGAAUGAA